AUGAAUAUUCCGCUUAAGGUCCUGGUGCGUUUGGCGCCGUCCACACCGGACGGGGAUAAUAAAACAUCGUCGCAGUCCCCGCCGGACGAGCCGGACCACGAAGAGGAUGAAAACUGUCUGCGGUGCCCAGGUGGACGUACGUUUCGAUUUUCGCACAUCUUCCGAACCCCGAUCGCGAACCAGGAGCUGUACUUCGAAUCGAUCGCCUGCCUGAUGGAGUCGGUGCUCGAGGGCUACGAUUUCUCCGUCGUCACGUACGGUGCGCGGGGCACGGGCAAAACCUUCACCCUCUACGGUGGUCCCGCGAGGGGCAGUGGCGAUGGAACGACGGCCACCUGCGGUAACGAGGGGAUCGUCCUGUGCUUCGUACGCGAUCUCUUCUGUCGGCUCAGUGCCCACCCGGAGCGCAUGUUUUCGAUCAGCAUAGCGUGGAGCGAAAUAACGGCCAGCGGGGAUGUGAUCGAUGUACUGGAAAACGCGGCCAUGGUACAGUGCUUCUCGGUGGAGGACACGUACGCCCUGCUUGGGCUCGGGUUGCAACGGCGCAACGGCGAGAAUCACAGCAUCCUCAGCUUGAUACUGGAGCAACAGUGGACCUCCAUCGGUGGCCUGAACCAGCACCGCCAGUCGACAGUGAGCUUUUGCGAUUUGCGCGGAACCCAGCGCGUACCGAACUCCGACUCGCCCGGUGUACCGAACGAUUCUGGUUUGCGUAAACUGGAGGACAUCGUCAUCCGUCGAACCGAGCAGUACAAUGAGUCCGUGCUGACGGCAUUCCUGAAGGAUUCGUUCGGAGGUCGAGCGCAAACGCUGCUGCUCCUGUGCGUCGAUGCCUCGCAGCUCGACACCGACAGCACGCAGCGUGACCUGCAGUUCGGGGAGCGGGCCGAGGAGAUUGUGAAUCACGUCGUCAUGAACACGUUCUCCGACAACAACGUGCCGAUGGUGGCGAUGAACGAAGAGCUCGGACCGGGCAACACGAAUCUCGACGGACUGUACUUUGCUUCGCAGCAGUGGGUGAAGCUGCUGAAGAAUGCCGAAACCCUGUUCACCAAGCUGUUUAGCACGUGUGAGCUGAGCCAACCGGAACGCAACCAGAUCGAGGAGUGGCUCUACCUGAAGGCGGAGUGUGACGAUUGUUUCAGCUCGACCGACAUCAGUCUGCAGGCCGGCACGCAGCCCGCCCGCAUGUGCCUCGGACCGAUCGAAGAAAUCGACGAGGUGGAGGAUACACUGCAAAGCAGCGGCAAGGAACCGUUUCCCUCCGACAACGAGAGCGAUUCCGACCUGUGCACACACCUGACGGACGUAAGCGAACGUAUCCAGAGCUACAUCAAAACGUUUCAAUCGAAGACGAACCUGCUGAUCGCGGAAAAGUACGACGAAUUUAUGCGGACACACCCGCCGGUGCCGGUGAGCGGGGACUCGGGAGAGCACGAUGGCAAGGAACGGUCCGCACUGGCUGGUGAGGUGGAAAACAAAGUGUUGCACAAUCCUGCCCGCCGAAAGUCCAUCUUUGAUGGCGACACGGUAAGCAGCAACGAACUGGCGUUGAUACUGCCGCUCAAAGGGGACCCGCAGCCGGCCAAAGGGCUGGAAAAGAAGCUCGAAACUCUCGGCGGCAAUCUGCGCAUCUGUCAGGCAAGCGUCGAAUCGCUGCACGCCCAGAUCGAAGAGGUGCGACGCACGAUCGCACUGAAGCAAAAGUAUAUCGAUGAUCUGAUCGAGAACAGCGAGACCCGCUCGGUGGCCAAGUCGCGGUUCAGCAAAAAGAAGCACAAACUCGAAGCGGAGUACGAGAAGGCGAAAAAGCAACUCCGGAAGGCGGUUGUCAGUGGCACGGACAAGGACGAAAUCAAUCGCCUCAAAAGCCAAACGUCCCAACUCGAGCAACGGCUGAAGGAUCUCGAAUCGAUCGCUUUCAUAGCGGGCGAAGCGGGUAGCAAGAAGAAGAAGCUACCGCAAUCGAUUAAGGAUUCGCAGAAGCAACUCGAGGUGCUGCAGCGAUUGCUGAAGAAAGAGCUGGACCGAAAGGAGAGCCUCGAGAAGGAGCUGGACACGGUGCAGCGCGAGGUGGCGCGCACCGGUCGCUCGGGCGGCGGGGCGCCGGAGGUGAACGAAAGCCGCAGUAAGAUACGCAACAUGAACGAUCGCAUUUCGCACAUCGAGCACGUGCUGAAGGAAAAGUCGAGCAACCUGAAGCGGUACGUAAACAAGCGGAGCGCCGAGAAGGAGUCGCUGCGCUGCGAGAUUCGCAAUCUGCGCAGGACACGCGACCAUUUGGUCGACCAACGCUGCCAACUGGACCGUAAGCUGCGCGAGGAAAAGCGACCAUCGUUCGAGGAGGAGCGCAAACUAGUCGAGUGUGACGAAGCGAUCGAGGCGAUCGACGCCGCGAUCGAGAUGAAGAACGAACUGAUAUGUGGCCGGCGCAGCAUCGAUACGGACGAAAGCUUGCAGCGCGAAAAGGGCGAACAGAUGCUGAUGGCGCGGCUGAACAAGCUGUCGGCGGACGAAAUGCGAACGUUGCUGUACAAGUACUUCCAGAAGGUGGUGGACCUGAAGGAGGCGAGCCGGAAGCUGGAACUGCAGUUCAUCACCCUCGAGCGGGAGAAGGACGCUUGGGAGUGGCAGGAAAAGAUUCUCACCAACACCAUCCGGCAGACGCGGCUCGAGAAGGAACGCUCGAUCGUGGCGCUGCAGAAACAGCACGAGACGAAGCUGAAUCUAAUGCUGCGCCACUUUGCCGCCGAUACGUCGGCCUCGAUCUCUAGCACGCUACCGGAUGCCACGCUUCCGCCGUAUCACACGCAGACGGCCGAGUUUGUGCUCGGGUCCGGUGCAACCCGCUACCAUCACAUCAACCACGUGCGCUACGAUGAGGACAGUGCCGGCGAACCGGUGCUUCGGAGUGGCCACACCUCGAAACAGCUCGCACACUACAAGGCGCCAAGCGGAAGCGGCGCACUACCGGUCCCGGCGGGAACGAGUGGCACGCUCAGCGUACCGGCGGCCCUACCACCGGCACCGAUCGUCGCCGAGAAGGAUCACCGCCCGAAGAGCAAACUGUUCUCGAAACUACAGGUCCUGUCCCGUUACCAUGGCAGCGACAAGCGCAAAAUUUUCCAAUCCGACAUCCCGCAACAGAACCUCAAGCAGCUGCAGGUCUCGUCACGACCCUCGCUGACCAAGGUUACGCGCGAGAAGAACAAGAUCAUCAUCCAGAGCGACGGUGGAAGCAAGUGAAUGGAGGAUCGGCGCCGCAAAUUUGUCUCUCUUUGAAUCUCGCUGUGUUCCUGUUUCUCUCUCCCUGCAUUUGACGUUAGAUUAGUCUGUAACUUCUGAAAAGUGGUAGAUUUCACCCCGUCGUAUUUGU